CCGCGGCAGAAGGAGUCAACCUCUGGCCCGGCGCGGAGUGGGUGCAUUGCGGGGAGCUGGGCCGGGCGCCGGGCUGUGUGGAGACGUGAGCGCGCUCGCUGGACCCCGUCCUCGCCACCCCGAGUCCGAGGGCCGACCCCCCGAGGCCAGCACCCGGGCCCCUGCCCUCCGCCGGCCACGUCGUCGUGCACUCAGCCAGCUCGCCGCCGCGGAGCCUCCCGCGCCCCCGCCCCGCUGCCCCUUCUCCCCCGCCCGGCGGCCGGGUCUGCGGCGGAAGCAGCCCGAACAAGACCUCUCAAGGUGAAGGAUAACCUACUAUACCAGCACUUUGAAUGAAAAUUUGUUUCUCUGCCACAAACUGAACACUUUUGGUUUCCUCCGGUGUGUGGGGGGGGAGUUGAAACACAAAUCUAACUUUGUGGCAUAGCAGCUAUGCAGCUUGAAAUCCAAGUAGCACUAAAUUUUAUUAUUUCGUAUUUGUACAAUAAGCUACCCAGGAGACGUGUCAACAUUUUUGGUGAAGAGCUUGAAAGACUUCUUAAGAAGAAAUAUGAAGGGCACUGGUAUCCUGAAAAGCCAUACAAAGGAUCAGGGUUUAGGUGUAUACACAUAGGGGAGAAGGUGGACCCCGUGAUUGAACAGGCGUCCAAGGAGAGCGGUUUGGACAUUGACGACGUUCGUGGCAACCUGCCACAGGAUCUCAGUGUGUGGAUCGACCCAUUUGAGGUUUCCUACCAGAUUGGCGAGAAGGGACCAGUGAAGGUGCUCUACGUGGAUGACAAUAAUGAAAACGGAUGUGAGUUGGAUAAGGAGAUCAAAAACAGCUUUAACCCAGAGGCGCAGGUUUUUAUGCCCAUAAGUGACCCAGCCUCGUCAGUGUCCAGCUCCCCAUCGCCUCCCUUUGGCCACUCAGCUGCUGUAAGCCCGACUUUCAUGCCCCGGUCCACUCAGCCAUUGACCUUUACCACUGCCACUUUCGCUGCCACCAAGUUCGGCUCUACCAAAAUGAAGAAUAGUGGCCGGAGCAACAAGGUGGCACGCACUUCUCCUAUCAACCUUGGCUUGAAUGUGAAUGACCUCUUGAAGCAGAAAGCCAUCUCCUCCUCAGUGCACUCUCUCUAUGGGCUUGGCCUGGGCAGCCAGCAGCCGCAGCAACAGCAGCCCUCGCAGCCGCCGCCGCCGCCACCGCCGCCGCAGCAGCAGCAGAAAACCUCUGCUCUUUCUCCUAAUGCCAAGGAAUUUGUUUUUCCUAAUAUGCAGGGUCAAGGUAGUAGUACCAAUGGAAUGUUCCCAGGUGACAGCCCCCUUAACCUCAGUCCUCUUCAGUACAGUAAUGCCUUUGACGUGUUUGCGGCCUACGGAGGCCUCAACGAGAAGUCUUUUGUAGAUGGCUUGAAUUUUAGCUUAAAUAACAUGCAGUAUUCUAACCAGCAAUUCCAGCCAGUUAUGGCUAACUGAAAGAAGAAAAAAAUGUCGUAAAAGUUAAAAGUACAAGUUAAAAUGCUUGGGCCCAAGGAGGGUUUUUUUUUUCACCUCCUUGAGAUUUUUUUUUUUUUAAGCGUAUAGUAAAGAUACAUUCAAGCUUGGUUACAAAAAUAAAACAUGCAUCAUUUUUCAUUUGCCAACCAAGCACAAAGUUAUUUUAUACUGACUGUAUAUUUUAAAGCAUACUCCCAGAUAUACAGUAUGGCCUCUUACAGUAUUUAAGAUAUAGCAAGGACAUGGCUGAUUUUUUUUCUUUUUAUAAAAAAUUGGCACUAAUAAGUGGGUUUAUUGGUCUUUUCUAAUUGUAUAAUUUAAUUUAGUACAAAGUUUGUAAAAUAUCAGAGGAUAUAUAUAUUGUUUCUACGACAUGGUAUGCAUUUAUAUCUUUUUACUACAGUGAUCUGUGACAGCAGCAGCUUCAUGUUGUAUUUUUUUUACUGAAAUUGUAAAAUAUCCAUCUUAAAGACAUCAACUAUUCUAAAAAUUGUGUACAGGAUAUUCCUUUAGUGGUGGAAUUAAAAUGUACGAAUAUUUGCUUUUUCAAAAAAUGUAUUUUCUGUUAAAGGUUUAAAGAUUUUUGCUAUAUAUUAUGGAAGAAAAUGUAAUCGUAAAUAUUAAUUUUGUACCUAUAUUGUGCAAUACUUGAAAAAAUGGUAUAAAAGUAUUUUGAGUCAGUGUCUUACAUGUUAAGAGGGACUGAAAUAGUUUAUAUUAAGUUUGUAUUAAAAUUCUUUAAAAUUAAAAA